CAAAAACUGCUAUUAAACCUGCUGUGUUUGUAUGCUAUGCCAUUACAUUGUUAUUGUACUUCUGCUCUAGAGAAUACUGGUUUCACAAUGGGGUCCAUCGGUCCACUAAGCGUGGAGUUUUGUUGUGAUGUAUUCAAGGAGCUAAGAAUCCAGCAUGCUCGGGAGAACAUCUUCUACUCCCCUGUGACCAUCAUUUCAGCUCUGUCCAUGGUCUACCUAGGUGCAAGAGAUAACACCAAGGCUCAGAUAGAAAAGGCUGUUCACUUCGAUAAGAUCCCAGGAUUUGGAGAGAGUAUUGAAUCUCAGUGCGGCACAUCUCUGAGCAUCCACACUUCACUUAAAGACAUAUUCACCCAAAUCACCAAACCAAGUGACAAUUAUACAGUUGGUAUUGCCAGUAGACUUUAUGCUGAAGAGAAGUAUCCAAUCCUGCCGGAAUACUUACAAUGUAUUAAGGAACUGUAUAAGGGAGGCUUGGAACCUAUCAGCUUUCAAACAGCUGCAGAACAAGCCAGAGAGCUCAUAAAUUCCUGGGUUGAAAGUCAGACAAAUGGAAUUAUCAAAAAUAUCCUUCAACCAAGCUCUGUGAAUCCAGAGACCGAUAUGGUCCUUGUCAAUGCCAUUUACUUCAAAGGACUGUGGGAGAAAGCAUUUAAGGAUGAAGGCACCCAGACAGUGCCAUUCAGAAUUACUGAGCAAGAAAGCAAACCUGUGCAGAUGAUGUUCCAGAUUGGUUCAUUUAGAGUAGCAGAGAUUGCUUCUGAGAAAAUUAGGAUCCUGGAGCUUCCAUAUGCCAGUGGGCAGCUGAGCCUGUGGGUGCUGUUGCCUGAUGACAUCUCUGGCCUGGAGCAGCUUGAGACUGCAAUCACCUUUGAAAAUCUGAAGGAGUGGACCAGUUCUACUAAGAUGGAAGAAAGGAAAAUUAAAGUUUAUCUCCCUCGCAUGAAGAUUGAGGAAAAAUAUAACCUUACAUCUGUAUUAACGUCCUUGGGUAUCACUGACCUGUUCAGCUCAUCAGCCAAUCUCUCUGGUAUCUCUUCAGCAGAGAGACUGAAGGUGUCUUCAGCCUUCCAUGAGGCGUCUAUGGAAAUCAAUGAAGCAGGCAGUAAGGUGGUAGGAGCUGGGGUGGAUGAUACAAGUGUCUCUGAAGAGUUUAGGGUUGACCGCCCUUUCCUUUUCUUGAUCAAGCACAACCCAAGCAACAGCAUCUUCUUCUUUGGCAGAUGCUUUUCACCUUAAAGAUAGGGAAGCUGAAAGAGUUUCUGUCUCUCAUAGCAAGACCCAAAAUGCUGCAUUA